AUGUUUUCAAAUUCGAAACUAUUUUUUUCAUCAUUUACAAUAUUAUUAUCAUUUUUAAUAUCAACAACAAAUGCAAAAUUUGAAGAUUUAACACCACCAAUAGAAAUUAUAGGUAAUAAAUUUUUUUAUUCAAAUAAUGGAUCACAAUUUUUAAUGAGAGGUAUUGCAUAUCAAGAAGAUACUUCACAAUUAUCAAAUACAAAUCUUACAUAUAAAGAUCCUUUGGCAGAUAUUGAAAGUUGUAGAAGAGAUGUUGAAUAUUUUAAAGAUUUAAAUACAAAUUGUUUAAGAAUUUAUGCUAUUGAUCCAAAUUUAGAUCAUGAUGAAUGUAUGGAAUUAUUAGCUGAAGCUGGUAUUUAUAUUGUUGCUGAUUUAUCUCAACCAAUGACUUCAAUAAAUCGUAAUGAACCUGAUUGGAAUUUAGAUCAUUAUGAUAGAUAUACAAGAGUUGUUGAUAAAUUAAGUGAAUAUUCAAACGUCUUGGGAUUUUUUGCAGGUAAUGAAGUUACAAAUAAUAGAUCAAAUACUGAUGCUUCACCAUUUGUAAAAGCUGCUGUUAGAGAUAUUAAAAAAUAUAUUGAUGAACAAGAUGAUAUGAGAAAAAUUCCAGUUGGUUAUAGUUCAAAUGAUGAUGAAGAUACAAGAAUUGCUAUAGCUGAUUAUUUUGCUUGUGGUUCAAUUGAAGAAAGAGCUGAUUUUUUUGGUAUUAAUAUGUAUGAAUGGUGUGGUAAUUCAACUUAUGAAGAAAGUGGUUAUCAAGAUAGAACUGAAGAAUUUGAACAUUUACCUAUCCCAUUAUUUUUUUCAGAAUAUGGUUGUAAUGUAAAUAGACCAAGAUUAUUUACAGAAGUUGGUACAUUAUAUUCUCCUCAAAUGUCAAAUAUUUGGUCUGGUGGUAUUGUUUAUAUGUAUUUUGAAGAAGAAAAUCAAUAUGGUUUAGUUUCUAUAUCAAAUAAUAGAGUUGUUACAUUAGAUGAUUAUAAUUAUUAUAGUUCAGAAAUUAAUAAUAUUAGUCCAAGUUAUGCAAGAGCUUCAGAUGAAUCAACUCAAUCUUCAACUUUAACUUGUCCUGGAAAUCAAAUGUCAACUUGGAGAGCUUCACCAACUUUACCUCCAACACCAAAUGAAGAAUUUUGUGAAUGUAUUGCAAAUUCUUUAAAUUGUGUUGUUGAUGAUGAUAUUGAUGAAGAAGAUUAUGGUGAUUUAUUUAGUACUGUAUGUGGAUUAAUUGAUUGUUCAGAAAUAAAUGUUGAUGGAAUUGAAGGAGAAUAUGGUGAAUAUUCUUAUUGUUCAAAUAAAGAUAAAUUAUCUUAUGUUUUAAAUCUUUAUUAUGAAGAUCAAGGUUCUGUUAGAAGUGCUUGUGAUUUUGAUGGUAGUGCUUCUAUAAAUGGUAAUGCUUUAGCUGAUCAAACUUGUUCAGUCCAAACAAGAUCAAGAACUUCAAAUAGUUCUUCUUCUUCUAGUGGGUCAAAUUCAGAAUCAACUAAUGAAGGUUCACGUUCAAAUUUAGGUAAUUCUAAUGUUGAAAGAUUAUCAAGUUAUAAAGUAUUUGGAUUGGUUGCAUUGAUAACUGCUUUCGUCGGUGGAUUUUCAAUAAUCUUUUAA